AUAAUAUUGCAGAUUUUUCGUGACGUUGCUCCACGCCGACCAAUCAAGGCCAGUGUUUUCGAAAACACUGCUGUCUUAGCAGCUGUCAUCCAAUGGGGGCGCGUACAUGAACGUGUAGUUACGAAGAGCACAUCAAAAGCAAUCAUCGUCGCAGCAUUUAUGAAUGGAGAAAUCGGGUCAGCAGAUCCGCGAGUGUCUGCACAGCCAUGACCUGAGGAGCCUGGACGCCACCAUGGUGACGGAGGGAAGCAGCGUAGAGCCUCAGAACGUCGCCAAACUCGUUCCGAUCAGAACCAGCGCCAGGGUAUUGAGGAAAGUGAAACUCGACCAGGAAAUCAAAUCGGUGAAGGAGGAAAAGUGCAAGCCGCUGGUAGCUGGACCGGUCAAGCCGCUAGUUGCUGGACCGUGCAAGCCGCUUGUGACUGGACCGUGCAGCUCUUCAAACACAGAUGGAAAACGGAAAAGGAGCUGGGGCCUCUGGUCGGUCGAGGAAAAAAACACGUUUUUCGAGGCUCUUAACGAGUACGGCAAGAACUUUGAUGCCAUUCAAAAUUAUUUCCUCACCAAAGCUAAGAAAAAACCCGACUUUGAGGCAAAGAAAAAAGACCAAGUUCGCUACUUCUACUACAGGAACUGGCACAAAAUUUCCAAAUUCAUCGACUUCAACCCUGAUUUAGGGAAAGUGAAUCAAGAGCUUUUUGCCCUGAUAAACUACGGCGAGCUACGCAAGAGACUGGGCCGCUCGGUGCUGGACAAAAACUUGCAUGUCAAGCUGCAAGAGCUGAUUUUCGACGGCACCACACAGAUUAAACUGAAAGGAAAGACCAUCAGGAUUAAGACGCCGCCGUGCAGGGCUCUCAGGAGGCUAGGGCAAAUGGACAAAAGAGAAGAUGCGCCAAAACUGCCAGCAAGGGUAUCGAUUGAGAUGAGGCCACUGAACAACACAACCUGGAGUUUUGUCCACUGCAAGGCUCAAAAUCCUAGAGUAGUGGCCAACAACCUCUCAAUACAGUACAAGCUGUACAUGUUAAUCACCGCUCUGCAGAACAAGUGGCAGAGCAGGGACAGCAAAGCUCUGGAGAAACUGGCCGCUGUAGGCGAGAUGAACGUUCCUACACCAAAGCAGACGAUGAGACUGAGACUCGCCCCAAGGGCCGGGCUGAAGAUCUCGUUGCCAUCGGUGAGCUCUGUCGAGACUACUACGGUGAAUCCUGUGAUUUCGCUCAAAUCGCUGGAAGAGAGGCUGAUUUCGAUCCGGAAGCAGGGUGGUCAGAGGAAGCCAGGCUCCAAGAGGAGCAAGAAGAAAGUGGCCGCUGUUAACCUCGACAAGAGCGAAUCUCAGUACGCGGCCGCCACCGAGCAGCUGCUCGCCCUGCAACUGGAGGGAGACGACGCCACCGACGGCGACCUCAAGAAGUUCCUUAAAGAGACCGACUGCGAAGACGUGGAAGUGUCCGUCGUCACCCGUGUCGAAACCAUCAAAUCCGGCUGGACGCUGGAAAACGCCAACCAACUCACUCUAGGAGAUUUAUAUGCUAUGUUUGGAGAGAACUCGAGGCUGCUUUUAGACUACUCGUGGGAGGAAAUUCCCUCAAUUGUUGCUGUGAAUGGUUAUGAUAAGGCUUUUCUUACAACGAUCGUGCAUAGACUCAUAAGUAUGGCCAGACUCAUGCCCAUGCUGAAGAGUAAGUCGUCAUGUCCGUGCGGCCACGUGUGCUCAAAGCGGCCAAUGCGUAAUCGACAGAAGGCGUCCAAGCCAAAGGCGGCCGCCGGAGGAGCUGCGGCCUCGAUGGUAACGCCCAAGGAGCAGGCGCCGAGCAGCAGCGCCCUCCAGGCCUCCGCGGUUGUCAUUCCGAGUACGUUUCCGCAAGGUGCCGGCGUUUCCAUCCAAGCGACGCCUGUUGCGGCAUCUGUUCCGUUGUUCCGCAGGCCGCUGUUGGCCCCUUCGCAGGUGAAGUCAAACCAGCAGCAAGGAGAGGCUGAAGAAGCCUUCAAAGCUCGGAUGGAGCAAUUCGGGCUGAAAAAGUACUGCAACCGGCCUGGGCGAACGAGCCGGAAAAACAUGACAGUGCAAAGGGUGGUUAGCACACUGCUGCCAAAGGUUCCUGACGGCAUGGUGGCUCUGAUGCCCAAGAACAUAGUGACCUUCACCAGUGGCCGAGCUAAUGUGAUUUUGCCCGUGAUCCAGGGCCCUGCCCCUAGCACCGCAAAGCCCAAGAAGCCCAAAGUUGUACCCGCACCGCCUGUGGCCACGUUCCCUGCCGAGGCGCCGACGCCCACUGUAUCCUCCUUUGAGCCCAAAGCCACAAUCUCGUCGCUCCUAGGCCUCAACCCUGAGGACCUCUCAUUGGGGGUGGAAACCUCCAGCCUGAAGGACGUCACUCUCAGCAAUGACGAUACUACACCCAGUUUUGUUGGAUUAUUGGGUCAAUCUCAAAGUACUGUACCUGAGGCUCCUGCCAUCUCGCCACCUAUGAGUCCAACUCAAAUUCUCAAAGAGUCUGACAAUCAGUGGCUGAAUGCAGACGUAUCUGAAUUUUCUCUCAGUAGUUUUCUGGGACACCUGGAGUCUCCUAUGAAAACCUCUGUCAAUGGUACAAAUGCCGACGAUUCACGAAUGUCGCAAGAUGUUGAAGCUCAAUUCCAAAGUCUCUUGUCUGAAAACAGCUUGGAGUUUAUCUCAAAUUUCGCAGAUCUGGCAUCUCAUUUCACACCUGACUCAACAUCAAGCAGCAAGAAGUAGGUAAAAGGCUAUUUUUUCAUCGCCAUGCCAUGAGUUGCAGUUUCAAACUUGACAGCCCACCAAAUAUUAUUUUUUUUGUGGAUUUGUUAGUAUUGGCCUCUUGCAAACAGACACUGAGAGUGUGUAGCUACAGAUUUUAUAACCUAGAGCUGUGAUAAAACCAUUAAACUGACUAGAGUAAAAUAGAAUGCACACAGCAGAGUCGAUGUUACGUUCAGAAUAAUUAGAACUCAACCUUCUUUUGAGAGGCGCACAAAUAGCAAUAGCCACGCAAGAAAGAAUCAAUUCUGAGACGACUUUUGUAUCCGCAUCACUUGCAAUGGAAAAGUGCAAAAUUUAUUAUUUAAGGCCAGUAAGUGAAAUAAAUAAAUAAAAAAGAUUAACAUUCAUGUGA